CUGGUCGCCUUUUUAAAUGAAAUUUUGCUGUCAACUACUUUAACCACCUGCCUACCCAGCGUGCUGUUUGGCAGGAUAGCAAUUGUGUCCGUCAAAUAAAUGAAAACAACAACACGACGUCAAUCUACACAGCGCAGGAAUCGGGAUUUUUGACUAGAAAUUAAUCUGUGACUUGUGUGUUGUUUGUAGUUUUUAUUUGCCACCAUGUACACAUUGUUGAGCGGAUUUUACAAGUACCUUACACAGAAAGAUGAAUACUGCAUAUUAAUUCUCGGGCUAGACAACGCUGGCAAGACGACCUAUUUGGAAGCGGCAAAGACGAAGUUUAGCAAAAAUUACAGAGGAAUGAACCCGAGCAAAAUUACGACUACGGUCGGAUUAAACAUCGGCCAGAUCGAUAUCUCCGGUAUACGAUUGAGCUUCUGGGAUCUGGGUGGUCAGCAAGAGCUACAGUCACUGUGGGACAAAUACUACUCGGAAUCACACGCUGUCAUCUACGUGGUCGAUUCGAAUGAUCGCGUUCGUAUGAAUGAAUCGAAGGAGGUGUUUGAUAGUAUGAUUAGCAAUGAGUAUUUGUCUGGAAUUCCAUUGCUAGUGCUGGCAAACAAACAAGACCUACCUGAUUGUAUGGGUGUGCGCGAAAUAAAACCUGUCUUCCAGGAAGCUGGCCAUCUCAUUGGACGCCGAGAUUGUUUGGUGAUGCCCGUAUCGGCGCUAACGGGGGAAGGUGUCGAUGAAGGUAUAAAAUGGUUGGUGGAAUCCAUCAAGCGUAACUCAAUCGUUCGUCCGCCGAAGACAGAAGACACUUGAUCAUAAUUGGUGUUGCCGAUUUGCUUUGAUUUCUCUUGCGUUAUUGUAGUUGUGAUAUAUGUAUGUGUACGGUGAUGAAAGGAGGGUUUGUAUACAGCAAACAUAUUAUUGGUAAUCUUUAUUCAAUCGUUCUAGCAUUUUGUAACAUAAAGACCAUACUUUAUUUCGAUUAUUGCUACACUAUCGUACUUCUUUUAUUUAUAUAAAAUUGACAUAAAGAAGACAUCCAAAACAAA